GACGACCACCGCGACGAGGCUCACGUCCACAGCCUCAGGCUCGCGCUUGGCUCCAUCCUCUCUCCAAAACGUCCGCUCCCAGCCCGAUCCUCGACCACGUCGGGCACCGCCAGCCCCGCGCUGCAUUGCCCUCACUCCGCCAUCCCCCUCGCAGCGUCUCUAUCCUCAUCCAGCUCCCACGGGUCCCCUCUUUCCACGCCCACGGGCACCCCCAUGUCGCACGCCCACCACCAGCCGGCGCAUCCCGCCGUCGAGUCCUCAGCCGUGCACGGCCUGGACGACGCCCACCCGCGCGCACCAGACGCGGUGAACGCGAGGCUACCAGUCGCCGGCGGCGUGUCCGGGAGCUCGACGCCCGGCGGGCGCACGAACUUCAUCGGCACGCUGCAGUCGAAGAGUGCGUGGGAUGCGCUCAUCCACGGGUCCUGGGUAUGA